AUGUUUUUAUUGGGUUCUCAUACGAAUACAACCACAUUGACACCGCAACUUCGGCCUAGCGGAGUCGGCCUAGCGGAGUCGGCCGUAGGCCGAGGACGCUAG